AUGUCGAAAGCGAACCAUGCAGCCUUGCCUUACGUUUCGCAAUUCAUCCCAGUGCGAACCAUACUCAAAGUUCCCAGGGACGUGAGAGAGACAGAGACGCCUCGUCCUGUUUGCGCCUCCGUCGCCCAAGAGCAUCACAUCCAAACCCACAAUACCUCCCUCGCAACGCCGUCAUUCGCAGCUCUCAGGCGUAUACCAGACCAUGCCCCCGAAUCAACAACAACGAGCAAAAGACCGAGGAAUUCAUGCAAAAGCGAAAGGACGUCCGGGAAAGCCUCUUACAUCACAUCCCAUCCGGGCAAAGCGUCUCGGUCCCAAAGAACCUACAAACCCUCACAUAUCCUAUCCCUCUCUCACCUUCAAAGAUGCCACAGCUCAACCUACCUUCGGACCCGGCAUCCGCGGAAUCUCUCCCCGUUAGGCCUGCCAAACCCUCAGACGAGGGGGGGGGGGGGGCAAAAUACUGCUCACGCUCAUGCUCAGACAGCGACAGACAGGCGCAUAGAUCCUCUCGAACCCUCAAUCUUCAACCCUCAAAGCUCUACCCGCGGAGAGAACCCUUAUCAGUCUUUUCAACCAGCAGCCCAGCUAAGGUAA